ACUAAUUUCUUCACAUGCCAAAUAGGGUCACAAGUAAAGUAAUUAAACAUUGUCCACCAAAUAAAGCAUGAAAAAAUAAUUUAUAUGUUGUAUAUUUGUCAAAAUAAUCGCGUUUCCGAAGUUCGAGCCUGAAAGGGGACGAACCCGGAAGUGAUACGUCACACCGAGAACAGCGAUGGCGGCGCUCCAUGUGCCCGCCAUACAAAGCCCUUCCAACAAUGAUUCAAACUGCGAUAUAAGCGAUACAUCGAGCGCAAGUGAGGACAUCCAAGUUUUUGAAGAGUUGGAGGAAGAGGAGGAGGUUGGAAUUUUAUAUGUUGGACCUUACAUGUAUGAGCCAGAUGCUAAUGAGGAUGCAAGCAAUGUGCCCACACGACCUGACUUGGAAUGGAGACAAGACCCAUCGAGAUUACAAGAUUGGUGUACUUGUGGUAAUUGCCAGCAAAUGCCUACAGCAGUUGAAUGUGUUUGCUGCCAUGAAAUUGAAGAAGUAGUGACUGUACGUCAACAAGGAGAGGAACACUUCAAUCAAGUGCUGGCCUGCAUCACCAACCAUCCUGGACUCAAUGCGGUGUGCCUGGACCCAUAUGGAUUACAGGUGGCAUGGAUGACCUACAAGCAGCAGUACAAAGGCAAGGCAUUCAAUGGACCACAGGAUGCCAAGUAUAGGCAUAUUGCCUACAGACAACUGGUGCGCUGGUGCUGGAAUUAUCUUGGUCAGGAAAACCGUGUUGUGCUCCCAGCAUGUGCAGUGUCUUGUAUCAGGGCACAUUUUCCACCACCGGGAGAAGAGGAGUCAGCUGUAUUCAAAGGGUUUCGUGUUUCACAGAGAAAUGUUCCAGAACUGUGAUUUAGACUGGUUUUAUAGUGGUUAAUGUGGAAAUUAUCAUUACAAAAUACUGUAAUAAAAAUAAACAAAUGAGGACAACUGAAUACAGGGAAUGUGAUUCUUUAUUUCCUGAGGAAUCUAGUAUGGUGCUCGGCAAUAACAAUUGACUUGUCCGGUCUGUUCACUGCUGCUGUAAGAAAUUGUGGGUCGACUAACACAUCACCAGUUCUGUGCUUCUUUGGAAUGUCAGUCAGUUUCAUCACCUCUGACAGGCAGUCAUUCACAUAGUCUACAAAAAAAAAAACAAAAAAAAAAAACAUCGGGAUGAUAAAUAUUAGGACAACAUAUGGGUUAUACUCAGUAUGUAAUGCAUCUGCCUGGAAUUAUUUUUGAUUCAUAACCUACCAUAAGUUGCAUCCACCAAUAUCUUUCUCAGAGAAUAUCCACCACUCUUAUAUUUGGGAUAAACGAUACAGUAGGAGUGUAUUCCUUCCUUCGUCACUUUCUGUGGUCUCCCAGCAUUUUCGUUAUAAUGCAUAGCAGCGAGAAUGAUUCUGGAAAUGAACAAAAAAUGCCUUAUUAAAAAAUGUUCAAAUUGUGAUGAAAUAGCAUAUCUUUAUAUAUAUUUAUAUCUCAAAGUUUUACAUUUCAUCCAUGUCAAAGUUUUCUUAAACACACCUGCUUUUCAUUCCUUUGUACGAGAAGUGGUACAUCUUUGGAGCAAAGUGAUUCACCACACUGUGAAAAGUUUCAACGCCACUGGUCUGUCCGAGGUGAGACAUCUUCAUGACAUCGUUGACAAACAUGGUCUUUGUCAGGAGUUCCACCACUGCGACGUUAACUUCAGUACCUUUCAAUGAAUUUAGAAGGUAUGAAAAUAUUUUAUUUUUCAGGGUAAACUAGCAGGCAACAUCUAACAAAAAAAUAAAAUACCUGGUAAUAGCCACGCUUUGUUUGUAGUAAUUGGAGGAUGUAAACAACUAUCGUGCACGUUCUGCAGGUGGUCCACACAUGCCAGCCACUUCUGCUUCUUUUCUUCCGGUGUCUGGGAGGAAAGUGCACACCAGUACAAAUGGCACUUCAAACUUUGUACCCAAUCCUUCACAAUCGACAUGCUCUUCUUUUUGCCCAAGGAGUCCAGUUUCUUGCACAUACCUGUAUAUUUAAUAUAUGAAAACUCAUGAAGUGACGUGCAUGACUUAUAAGACAUAAUCCCAAAACUAGCGUAUUUAUAAACAUUGAAAUAAACUAACCUUUAACAAUGUGCCAACAAUCAUAAUAAUGGAUGACUUGAGUCCAAUUCUCCCUGAUCCAUUUCGCCACCUGGCGAUGCCUGUCAGUGAUGACAACUUUUACAUUGAAGCCUUCCAACUCCUGACGGCAUCUUUUCAGGCCCUCCAGUUCCAUUCCAUAGCUUCCCCCAGUCUCGUUACUCUAAAGGAUAAGUGUAAUACGUGUCUUAAGACAAACAAUUGUCAUUUUAUUAAGCCCCAUAUAAUUUACAAAGCAGUUCACUGGCUGUGGGCUAGUCGCACAAGGUUACACCUACCUGCACCAGAUGAACAGUUAGCACCUUGUUGAGAUCCAGUUCCAUCAAAUUAUAACUCCCGUACUUGGCACAGUGACCCAUGGAGUCACAUCUUCCAUCUCCUCCAAGGACCAGUUCCUUCUCCGUAAUGGACCCCAAAAGAGCACACUGCUUCUUUGUCCAUGUGGUUGUCAGUGCUUCAUGGAUAUACGUGGCCUGGUGGUGGAAGUAUGCCCACUUAUUGUGGCACUGAAUAUUCAGGAAUCUGAAAACAUAAACAAUACAUGUUGAUUUUUCAAUUCACAGCCCGCGUGUCAGAGCAAAAAGUGUAACAUUAUAUACAUAGUUCACAAAUACAUUUAAUUUGCUCCAUUUGGCCAUCAUAACAAUUCAACCUGAUGUUUACCUGAAUAUUCUUAAAGCCUUGCUUGGCAAACUUCCAGUAAACAGGAUCGCUGAGCUGAGAAGGACGUUUAGUACAGGCAGGUUUCUAACAAAGGGCUGAUUACACCACUGAUGCUUGUUCCUACAAACAGUGCAAACAGCUUGGAUCUUCACCAGCGUCCCUUUGACAUAGCGGUAGCAAGUGCUUCUGCCUUUACAAAGGACACAAACGGCCAAGAGGGCAAUCAGGGAGGACUCGAACACCAAAUACUUCCGCUGCUUGUGAAGGUCUUCACUUUCAUUGCCCCUGCAAAUAUAUUUCAACAAUGCACAAUUACGAAUGUGAAUCAAUUGAGCUUGAAAAGUGCAAUGAAAAUGAAAUAUGCUCCUGUCAAUUUGGCCAAUUUCAGUUUUGUGGUUAUAAAUGUUGAUUUGUGUAAAUCUCAUUUACAAUGAAAAUAAUGAUGAUAAUCUUACCGGAUUUCUUCAAAGCUGUCAUGUGUCACUUCAUCAUCUGAGGAACUUGGUUCAUCUUCAUCGCUGUCCUCCCCUGCAAUAUAUUCCACAUCAUGGUCUGGGAGGUGUUGACUGUCCAUUUCCACGUCACUCUCCUCUUCACUGUCUGUGUCAACCAGUGGCAUACAAACUUUCUUCCUUUUGGGUUCUGGUUGGCCCAAGUUGCAUUGUAUACCAAUGGACCGGUAAUUUGCCCUUGUCUUGCAUUUCUCGCAUGGAGGGCAAUACUUCAAUGUCUGCACCACUGAACAAAUUGAAAAGAUAAAUAUGUUUAUAAUCAAUGUACUGUAUGUAUAUGUUUAUCACUAAUGGCCAUCAUCAUCAUCAUCACUUACUUUUAUCCACCCUAUGUGUUGGUGUCACUUCAUCAUCUUGAUGGCUGUUUGAACAGGAUUCAUCCAGCAAUAACGUACCCCCACACUCAGCCAUCUCUUGUUCGGCGGCAGCUGCAGAGCUGAUAGCCUCAGCUAAGGUUCGCUUCCUUUCUCGGGUAGCUGCUGCUGUGCGCUGGACAGGUGGAUUUUGAUCUUGCUGGUCUUGUGGAGGCAGGUGAAUUGUUGGGACAGCAGUUGCAUUGAGUAAUAACCUGCAGAAUAAACAUGAGAUGACACUAAAAAUAUGCUUUGCUCAUGAAACCUAUAAAACCUAUUUAAAAAAAUACUAUCACAUCUUAUCUAACCCUAUGUCUUACUAAAUAUUUGAUUAUUAAAUAAAUCAUAAAAUGCGGUAGGAGUGACAAAUGAUUGGCAGUUUUCCCAAGAGGACGUGUCAUGUUCAUUCAUCAACAAAGCAGCGCUGCCAACCUACUGAAAUUUACUUCCAGAACAAUUUGUCUCAUGCCAUUAGUACUCAUCGUUGAUAUGAAUAGCAUCGAUUGGGGCUUGCCUCGAGCCAAAAGCUAACGUCACUAGCUUCUACUGUUCAUUCCAAAACAUGAUCAGGGAUUCGUCAAAACGUUUCUUUUAUCCCAGGCAAUAGUAGGUGGAUUAUUUACCUGACUUGUUUCGGCGAACACUUCCACCCUCGAAAAGUUUUGACGAAUUUAUAAGUGUUUCGGCGAAGCGGAAGUGUUCGCCGAAACGUAAAUAAAAUACCUACUGUUGCCUGUGAUAACAGAAAAGUUGACGAAUUUAAAGUGUAGACAAAAUGAACUCAAUACAACUAUAAUCGGGGAUUGCCUCGAGUUAGCUUUCGGUCAACGUUGCUAGCUUCUACUGUACAAUGCACAACACGAUUGGAGUUUUGCCUCGAGUUAGCUUUCGGCUAACGUCGCUACCUUAUGCUGUUCAUUCCAAAACAUGAUCAGGGAUUCGUCAAAACGUUUCUUUUAUCCCAGGCAAAAGUAGGUGGUUUAUUUACCUGACUUGUUUCGGCGAACACUUCCACCCUCGAAAAGUUUUGACGAAUUUAUAAGUGUUCGCCGAAACAUGUAAAUAAACCACCUACUGUUGCAUGGGAUAACAGAAAAGUUGACGAAUUUAAAGUGUAGAAAUAAUGAACUCAAUACAACUAUAAUCGGGGAUUGCCUCGAGUUAGCUUUCGGCCAACGUUGCUAGCUUCUACUGUACAAUGCACAACACGAUUGGAGUUUUGCCUCGAGUUAGCUUUCGGCUAACGUCGCUACCUUAUGCUGUUCAUUCCAAAACAUGAUCAGGGAUUCGUCAAAACGUUUCUUUUAUCCCAGGUAAAAGUAGGUGGUUUAUUUACCUGACUUGUUUCGGCGAACACUUCCACCCUCGAAAAGUUUUGAUGAAUUUAUAAGUGUUUCGGCGAAGCGGAAGUGUUCGCCGAAACAUGUAAAUAAACCACCUACUGUUGCAUGGGAUAACAGAAAAGUUGACGAAUUUAAAAGUGUAGACAAAAUGAACUCAAUACAACUAUAAUCGGGGAUUGCCUCGAGUUAGCUUUCGGCCAACGUUGCUUGCUUCUACUGUACAAUGCACAGCAAGAUUGGGGUUUUGCCUCGAGUUAGCUUUCGGCUAACGUCGCUACCUUAUGCUGUUCAUUCCAAACAGUUGGCGCCUGCACUGCUUUGACAAAGUAAUCAUUCCACAACGGUUGGCAGCUCUGCUAGAUAAAGUAAUCAGUCAUCCAUCCAAAAAUCACACUUACUUUUUUGCAAAUCCUUGAUCAUAAGCAGUCCGGUUAAGGAAGCAGGCAUCUUCGAAGUGUUUGUAGCAGAUAACACUACUCGAUGAUGGCGUGAAAUUCAUUCGCUUCGUGCGAACGAAAGAUGUCCAUUUACGUGCCCUGGUAUCCUUUGGCCACUCAAACAACUUGUCGUUGGAGUGAGAACAAAACAUCGCCACACACCGCCGUGGCAUCUUACCAAGAAGCAAUGCAACAAACAAUACUGUGUGUAUGGCGGACUUCCCUCGCACUUCCCGGUGUGACGUAAUUUCCGAAGAUUUCCGAAGAUUGCCGAAGAAAAGCAUUUUCGUUGUUAUGGGCGUUGCUAUGGGUUAAACAAAGAAUCUGGAAGGGUUGCGUUAAAAAAAAUAAUGAAAAUAUGCUUAUAAUUGUUUAGCCAUUGAUAUUAUUCAAAAACAUGGUUGGCCAACCUUACUUCAAAGUUCCCC